AUGGCGGACUUCAGUGCCAAUAUUCGCCGCGGAAUCACCUCCGGAGGUGUGGGAUAUCUUGCCCGUUACAACAAAACGCCGCCUUUGGCCGUCAGCGGCACUGCCAAUUCGUCGACCUGGGGCAGCAGCCGCAUCCUUCGCCCUCUUCACCAAAACAGCUACCCUGCCCUCAGCACUGCCUGGAAGGAGGGCCUAAAAACCCGAAUGGUUGAUGCGCUUGAUCAGGCUCAUGUCAAGUUCACGAUGAUUGGUAUCUUCGGUAUCGGCCGAACCCCUGCUGCUCCUGCCGAAAAUGACAUUCCCGAUCAUGAUGAUGUUGCUCUGGUUCUGUCUGUCAAGCCCGCUUCGUUGACCAUCAAGGGUGCUGUGGAUGGCAUCGAAAUGCUUGGUCACAUUUUGAGCAGUCUUGCUGAUCUCUCAUCGACGUCUCAGCUUUGGGCUUCUGGACUCGAUGACAUCGAGAUUAUGGAGGGACUCACCGCGCGCUACAAUCACCCACCCUGGCUUGCCUUUGAAGACACGUACGGUGCUACGCCUAGCCUCGGCGGCAGUGUCGGUCCUGCUGUUUCCGGAAUCGCAUCUCAAUCCGGGUCUCUAGGUUUCUACGUCCAGCUCGACCUAGUCAAGACCCAAAAACGUGUUUUUCUCGGCAUGGGCUACCACCAUGUUCUAGCACCUGCUAUUCAGGCAGAUGGCAAUGGCGCUGCUCAUGGAAGUGAUGCAUUUCGGAUGAUCGAGAGCCCUUCUCAUGCCGACCAUGUCUAUAUACCCAAGGACACUCUCACCCAUGAGGCUCGCCAGAGCCGUCAGCAACUGGAUGAGGCUCAAACUUUCCGACGACCUAUCGGCCCAAUUCUCGUCACUUCCGGCCUUACGCAGGUCUCCGCUUCCCACAGCUGCCGUCUCGACUGGGGAGCUAUCAUUCUCGAUGGGACUCGCUUUUCCAACGGCUACUCGAAUAACGCACCCCAGCAUCUCAUCAAGUAUCUCUGCGACAUCGGCUACAACCCUGCCAAAGCUGAACGCGACAAUCGCGUCUUCAAGAUCGGUCGCACCACGGGCCCGACCAAGGGGAUCUGGCACAGUUUCCGCGUCAUUACACGCGAAUACGAUGAUUCCACUGGGAAACUUGUGGUUGAGAGCGAGGAGCCAGUCGUCUUGCCUGUCACUCGAGACGAUAUCGCAUUUGCCGGGCCCGGUGACUCGGGUGCCUUGGUGUAUGGUGCGCUGGGUGCUCCCGUGGGCAUGGUCUGGGGCGGUAUGCGAAACACCGCCAAUAGGGCUGAGGCUGAUGCGGAGUUCGAGGGUGUUGAUAUGAGCAACGCCUGCUUCUUCACGCCUCUCGAUGCUGUGCUGGAGAGUCUUUCUGCGGUCGUGGAAGCCGAGUAUGGAAAAGGAAACGUUUCUCUCUCUCUGGUGGCUUGA